AUGCGGGGCUUGAAUCGGCAGGUGACUAGAGAGGGACUGCUGAUGCUCUUAUACCAAGCCUCCCAGCAUUUGGAACGGCCAAAAUAUGAUUUCGUCUAUUUGCCGUGGGCAAUGCGGAAAGCUUGCAACAUUGGAUUGGCGUUCAUCAACUUUGAAGAUCACGCAUCCUGUGUGGAAUUCUUUGAUGCACUGCACCGGUCACCAGAGCUCCUGAUGAGUUUUGAUGUCCGAUAUAUUGGUCCUGCCACUCUUCAAGGUCGAGGACCCAACCUAGAAGACACUGUGGCAAAACGGGGCGCAGGAAUUCUCUACGCCACCGAUGCCCCCUUGGUCUUCAACAGAGGGGAGCAGUGUGACUUGCUCGAAGUGGUGGCGCAUGAGCUGCCCCACGUGUGGAAUCAGCUUGAGGCUAUGCGAGCUCGUCGACAACAACGGCAAAGAUAUCAAGGCAGCUACAUGGGCCCACGACCUAGGGCGCCUGUCAAUAUGCCGAGCAUCUCUGGACAGAUGGCCCACGAGGCAGUUCCUGGGGCCAGUGCGGCACGUGCCGAGUACAUGGAACGGUUGAUGUCGCGACUUGACCAAACGGUGGUUCCAACGGAUGGUCCAACAGAUGGGGCCAUUACGGGGUCCUUUCCGUUGCCCUUGACCGCCUUGACCCAGCGCCAAGGAAUCCACACAGCGCUGCGCUCCUGCCGUUUCGCAGUGGAGGACAACACGAAGCGUGGCGGUUUCUGGAUCAGAAGUGAAACCAAAACCCUUCAGCAGAUUUCAGCAACCAUCAGUUCCAGAUUGAGACAGGUACAGAUUGAACAAUAUUGA